UAUCUACGCAAUAAUAAAAAAAUAAAAACCUAGAGUAAUGUGCAUGUCUUAAAAAUGGCGAAUGUUAAAUUUUUGUUCAUUGAUUGAAAGCACGAUCCUGUUUCCCUUAUAAUUCAUUAUAUUAUUUAAUUACUGUGUCUGUGAAUAAAUAUAAAGAAUGGCUGAUGCUAUGGUGGAGCGUAGACCAAAUACUCGAUUCUUUUGCCACAGGUGUCUUGUUGAAUUUGAAGAUGUUUUGCAGGAUUACAUAUGUCCUUACUGUGAGGGAGGAUUUAUUGAGCAACUAGAGAGUGAAGUGGAAAAUGUGACGAUGUCCGGUGAUGACCACAGUGAUGCUGAUAUGAGCAACCUAGAUGACUUGAGCAAUAUUGAUGAAGUGAGCAACAUGGAUGACUCAGACGAUGCACACAGAUAUGUGCAGUGGCUCGACACGGUGUCAGCUGGGGGUCGUCGAGCGACCGUGCGAAGAAUUACAGCAACUCCCCCAAUGUUAAAUGAUUUGGCAUUUUUAAUGUCCGGUGGACGAAUACGUGGCACAGGCGCUAUCAGACAAACGGACACAGCAACCACAAACGGAACCACCACAAACACGACGGCCAGCACUAAUUCUGGGAACAGUACGGGAAACGCAGGCAACACGACCACUAACAGCAACACCGGCAGAAGACCGAAUCUACUGGAGGAGAUUGUGUGGAUGAUAGGAGGAGGUCGGCCGCCAGCGGGGGCGGUCACGGCCGGCUCGCCCUUCGUCCUCGUCGGUACGCCCGGGGACUAUGUCUUUGGGGGUGAAGGUCUGGAUGCCGUGGUGACUCAGCUGCUGGGUCAGCUGGAGCACUCUGGACCGCCGCCGCUGCCUCGCGAGCGACUGGCAGAGCUGCCCAGCGAACCCGUCACAGAGGAACAGGCCAGGGCCGAGGUCGCCUGCUCCGUCUGCUGGGAGAACUUCCAGAUCGGUGAGAUGGUGUCCCGGCUGGAGUGUGAGCACGUGUUCCACCAGAGCUGUAUAACGCCGUGGUUACAGCUCCACGCCACGUGUCCGAUCUGCCGCAGAUCCUUGAUACCGGAUACGCCGGACCCGCCGCCCGCCGCCACCAACACCACGGCAGCUACCACCACCACCACCACCACCACUACCACCAAUAAUACUAACAACACCAACACCAAUACAAACACUAACACUAACACCAAUCCUAGUACCAUCACCGAGACACAGAUUCGAAUAGCCGCACGUCCCCACGUCGUGAUACGUCGUUCGACUGGAGGACAUCCCGCCUUCUUCCGUCGCUUCCCGACCCAGAUGCACACGUGGGACUCGUUGAACGACACCAGCUCGGGCUCGAUGUCCCCCGCCUCAUCCAUCACCACGGGGGGCAUCUGGGCGCCCCAGACCAGAACAAGCAACUCGACGACCUCGACGAACUCAUCGACAUCACUUAAUUCCAACGAAAGGGAUCGACAGUACAACACGGACAUUGACUACGAUUAAUGCAAAGAGUGAUGUGUCGUGUCAGUGAACUCGGUGACUAGUGUUGUGACAUUGGCUAAUGCAUUUAGAUACACCGCAUAAUACAGUCGAGUCGUGUGCCUUUUAUUUGUAUUGCAACUGUAAAUUUACUAUAUAGUCAUGGUAUAUUAAAUGUAAUGACACAUUUCAUUUUGUUUUGCUGGAUAUAGUUUCGAUGGUGUCUCUAGCACCGGCCGAGUGAAGUGGACGAGUCCACGGUUUAGUCCAUUUAGGAUAAAUACAUAGUGUAGAGUGUAUAUAUAGAUUACAGUUGACAAAAUUUUCCUAUAUAACUUAAAUAUCCUUAGAAGCUCAACAAGUCAAUAAUUACAGAUAAGAUUUCACAAAAUUUCGAUGAUAAAUACAAUUUUUUUUUAAUCAACUCGUGUUAAAAUCGACCUACGAUGCUGUUAUGCUUGUAAAUUAUGUAAAUAUUGUAAUUAUAGGCAGUUUUGCUGUUAUUAUUCUCUGGACCCUCAGUAUAUGUUUGGGUCCCAAACUGUUUUAUAUAUAACUCUCAAUUCUCUAUCCAUAUCACUACAGUGUAUGAUAUAAAAUAGUAACAUUGAGUAUUGUGCGUCUGCGUGUUGACUUUGACUCAUUUUUACAUUGAAAAGUUGCUGAUUAAAAACAUUGAAACCCAAAAAAAAACAUUGUACGUAAAUUGUUAAUGGUUUAUGUAUAUAUAGACAUAGACAACACAGAGGAAGCUCACAAUACACAUAUGUGAAUAUACAAUUCGAUACUUCAUGGAAUUUGUUCAGUUUUCUAAUAAUGUCAUGUACAUUGUAAGAAACAUCCAGUACCUCUAUCAACUAAUAAAAUAUUCUGUCUUUUAUAAAAACAUAUGAUUUAUAGAAAGAAAGGAAUAUUUGUAAAGAUAUGUAAUUUAUUAAUGUAUUAAUAAGACAUAGCAUUUGACAGUACAGAUGUAUUUGUAAUGUCAAAGAUAAUGUAGAGAACAUUUUUUAUGCUAUCACAGAAUCAGUGAACAACUUGGAAGUGACCAGUUGAUGACGAAAUUGAUAUUAAAAUUAUCUCACAUAGUACUUUCAUGUGACACGCGGAUCGUUAGCUGUGCACUGAUCCUUUGACAACGGAAAGGUUAUUGAAAGUGAGAUAUUGUAGGUGAAUAGACAUUGUAACAAUAUAGCAUGGGUCUGCUAUCAAUAACCAUUCAACGUAUUUUGUUAUCCAAUAACAUUUGAUCAUUAUUUAAAUGAUGGAGGUUCAGGAACGCCUCCUGUAUACAAUGUAAUGGAAUUAUAUUUUCACAUUUAACUCGCAUAUGAAAAUAAAUCUUAUUUCCUUAAACCCCAUUGCCAUUAGUGGAAAUGUAAUCAAAACUCAAACAAAUGAACCUUAUAGAUGUACGGUCAUCAAUGGAGGCGCUGUAACACAGCUGUUUGAGGACAGAUGCUAUUUUAUGAUCAUAAACAGCCGAGUGUUCCGCAUGUGUCGCUGAGGUACUUCUAAAUAUAGUUCCUAUGGUGGAUGGAUGGGGAUUGUUAUGGAAAUGUUCUACCAGUUGACCUUUGAUGGAAUUUUCUAUUCAAUUGAUUGUAGAUGUUUGAAUAGCAAUUGACUAUAUCACCCCCAUCAUAUAUUACUUUCCAAAACAUUUGAGAGUCGGAAUUGUAAAUUAUUGAUAAUUGAUGUUAUUUAUUCUCAUUAAAGGAAUUCGCAUUUGCUUUUAAGUUAAUGAUAAAAUUUUAUAUGUAUGUACGUUAAACGUACACUGCACGCACAAGCUGUGGGUAGAGUAAUUAUUAGAAAAAAAAAUUAAUAGAAUUAUGUUUUAUCACCUGAAUGUUAGUGUGAUAUUUGUAAAAUGUUAACAUUUCCAUCGUUUAUAAUCAUAAUAUGAUAUAGGAAUUGUGUAAGGCGAACAUCUCGCAGCUGGUAGGAUAUUUUUAGUUUUGCAUUUCAAAUUUUAAAUCUAAAGUAAAAGGUCAAGCCAAAGACUGAAGUCCUAGUAUAAUAUAGAGAUAAAAUUUGAAAAUGUCAUUAAUAAAAUCAUCACACAAUCGUCGUACCUGUUUGGGAACCUUAUUUAAUGUCAUUCCUCUAUUAAAGAUAUUAAGAAUCCUUGAUAUUUCUUAAAUAGUUUUUGUAACCUUUGUGUCACUAUUUUUAGCAAUAUUUUUUCAUAGAAUUUAUUUGUACAGCACGCCUGAAGCUAAAAAGUACGAAUCUAUUGGUAAAGAGACUGACUGGUAUUUUACAUUCAUAUAUUUUAAUACAGUUUUAAAGCGAUCGCGAAUAACACAUUGAAAUUGUGGCGGAUUUAUAAUAGGAAAAAAAUAAGCAACAAAGUUUUUCCCGCGUCCUAGUGAGGUGUCGAUGAGUAUCGAUAAUUAUAAUCGCAUUGUUAAGUCCGCCGCUGCCAGUAACAUUGAAUGUCGCUAUGUUGUUAUCGAUUAAACGAAAUAUAUUUUCUUGACUGACAUCCUAUUAGAAACGGUAUUAGUUCAUAUAGUACUUGUAGUCUUGCGCUAGGAUUUGAUGCGUUGUAUGAAAUAGGGUCAUACAUAUUGUAUAAAAGUUUAUAUAUGAAAUAAUGUAAAAUACAUUAAAUUCAAAGUUUUAAAAAUAAAAGAAUGUAUUUAA